UAAUUUUUAUAUAACUAAUUUCAUAAAUAAAAGCAAAAAUUAGAAAAAAAAAUCAUAUGAAUACAUAGAAUAUUAUGUAGGUUAUACAAAAGGGCAAAGAAAAAUAUUUAAUAAUAAUUAUUGUAUAAUACUUACCGACAACAUAGAUAGUGUUGUCAUAAAAAUAAAAAAAAAACGUACGCAACAGUAAUAAUUAUAAUAUAAAAAAUAGAAACAUACAAAAGAAAAACAAAAUAUUAUUAAACAAUGAAUUAUUUAUCGACGACGCUGCCAUCACCGUCAUCAUCAUCGUCAUUAUUACUGUCGUUAUCAUUAACAUCAUCUUCUCUAAACAACAAUUAUGAUAAUUUUAAUAUUACCGGGCCAUUGACGGUUUUUGAUUUUACGAAUUAUUUAGAAGAGGAUAAUAGCAGUAAUACAUUUAAUUACAGUAGUAUUUUAUCGAGUACAAUAGCUACGAAUAAUAGUUCUAAUAGUAGCGAUUUUAAUUCAACUGUUAGUCCAGAGGAAGAUGAAGAAAUAUCAUUCAUUUUGCCAUGGUGGCGUCAACUAAUAUGGAGUGUCCUUUUUGGUGGCAUGGUAAUUGUUGCGACAGGUGGUAAUCUUAUUGUGAUUUGGAUAGUAUUAGCACAUAAGCGUAUGAGAACAGUGACGAAUUAUUUUAUAGUUAAUUUAUCAAUAGCUGAUGCAACUGUAUCAACUUUUAAUGUAAUCUUCAAUUUCAUAUAUAUGUUACAUUCACAUUGGCCAUUUGGAGAAUUAUAUUGUAAAAUAUCACAAUUUGUGUCAACACUUACAAUUAGUGCAUCAGUUUUUACUUUAGUAGCUAUUUCAAUAGAUAGGUAUAUGGCCAUUAUAAAUCCAUUAAAACCACGUAUGGGUAAAAGAUGUACAUUAGCUAUAGCAGCGGGUAUAUGGAUAAUAUCAGUCGUUAUUGCAUGUCCGAUGUUCCUAUUCUUUAAAACAGAAAGUUUAGAAUUAGAGGAUGGUGGUGAACGUAUAGUUUGUUUUUUAGAAUGGCCAGAUGGUGAAACAAAUAAUUCACUGCAGGAGUAUGUAUAUAACAUCGUCUUUAUGUUUCUGACAUAUUUCAUACCAAUUGGAUCAAUGUCUUAUACAUACGCUAGAGUAGGUUUGGAAUUAUGGGGAUCACAAAGUAUUGGUGAAUGUACACACCGUCAAUUAGAGAAUAUAAAAAGUAAAAGAAGAGUAGUAAAAAUGAUGAUGGUUGUCGUAUUCAUAUUUGGUGUAUGUUGGCUUCCAUUUCAUGUUUAUUUCAUUGUUACAUCAUAUUAUCCUAACAUAACUAGAUCAUCAUUUAUUCAGGAACUUUACUUAGCAUUUUAUUGGUUGGCUAUGAGUAAUUCAAUGUAUAAUCCAAUCAUAUAUUGUUGGAUGAAUUCAAGGUUUCGAAGAGGAUUUAAGCAGUUUUUUCGGUGGUGUCCUUACGUGCACCUUACCCCAGACAGAUUGCAACGAAGAGAAGUUCUUACGUCGAGGUAUUCCUGUUCGGGUUCGCCGGACCACAACCGAAUUAUAAGAAAUGACACAGAACGUUCCUUCUUGUAUUCAUCUUGCCCUGGAUCAAGAAGUGGUUCUGUAAGAAUUCCAAUGCAUUUAAGUGCUGUUGGACAUCAUCAUCAUCACCAUCAUCAUCAUCAUGGAACAAAUUCAACAUCAGUACAUUUUAGUCAGAACACUGGUAUUGGUAACAAUAAUAAUGUUGGUAGUGGAAUGCAAUCUCUUCCAAAUGAUUAUGAAUUUGGAAGAAGUAAUACGGUAACACAACGUUGGACAACAUCAAGACGUCAAACACCCUGACAACGGGUUAGCAACGGAGCAGAACCAGAAACAAUGGAAACAGCAGCAACUGCUACAACUCAAGAAACAACUACAACAACGGUAACAACUCCAGUGAUAGCAAAUCAAAAUGUUUCAUAUCAUCAUUUACAGCAUCAUCA